AUGCCAAAACGUCGAGCAACCCAUCUACCUAGUCCUGCACCAUCCUCCUCCCGUAUCAACAAUUUCCGACAUCCACAUGCCACCACUCCACUUAGUCAAUCAAGGUUUAAACGACCCAAGCUCACGCAUACUUCUCAUAGCGAUGUCGUGUCAUUACCUUUCUCGAAUCCAGAUUCGGACGAUGAUCAACAGCUCGAAGAUGAUGAGGAAGAGCAGGAUGAUAUCCUCCUUACUCCUAGAGAAGAAAUCAUUCCGACUAUCACUUCAUCGACGAGUACGAUGACUCCAAAUACAUCAACAUUUGUUUCACCGUCACCGUUCAAGAAGAGAUUCAAAUUGAAUCCUCGAUCAAUGAUUCAUCCGGAUGACAUAGAUCUCCUCAUUCCCACAAACUAUCCUACUUCGACGGAAACUGAUGGUAUCGAUCUACUAACACCACCGACUAGAAGAGAGAUACCUUACCAACCUCCUACGAAGGUCACACCGAGAAAGAAGAUGCAGAAUGGUAGAAGGGUGUUCACUCAGGACAUGACACUGGACGUAUUGCAAGAAGCCAUGGACUUCCUUUGUGAGAAUUUCAUUUCGGAAAGAUUAUCAAAGAAGUUCAAUUCAUACUCUACACAUCCCGAUGCCUUGAUUCAGACGAAUAUUCGAAAAAAAGUGAUGAACAUGUUUGGAAUGGAUCUGGCGUUCUUACUGCCUAAUUUAGAUCAUUUAGAUGGGAUUGGGCUCGAUAGGAGUAAGAAAAAGCAAAAGACGGAAAUUGAUGAGGGAUGGGAGGAAAUGGGUAGGGAGGAAAUUCUGGAAGACGGUCGUUCGUUGGAGACAACAGAAGUCAGAGACGACAGCGAUGAGCGAGACAGAGGGGAUACCGAGGAGGAGGAGGAAUCUACAUAUGGCAAUGCAUAUGGCUCGGAGGAUCAGGACGAAGACGUAUCGAUGGGAGAGGACUGA